AUGUUGGACAGCAUAAAAGAUGCCUUUCAUAGGGGGGCAAACCGCCUGUUCCACCGCAGCGACAAGAGACGGCCACAUCACUCUACAAAUUUGACACAGCCAUCAAGCAAGCUUCGGAAUCCGCCGCAAGAAACAUCUACUUUGGGUACUGGCACGAAUGCCGAUGAACAGCAUACGGCUCUAAUAUCACCACUUAUAAAUUAUCCACAUCAACCUUCCGGCACUCUAGAUGCACAACCAUCAUCGGCCAUAAAGAACCAAGCUCCUUUUUCUGAUGGGAAGAAAACUUCAGCAUCGCCCCAAUGUUCGCGAAAUGUGGUCCAUGAUUCCAAGGUGGGCGAUGCAGCUUAUACUCCUUCCAGUGAGUCCCACCACCGGAAGCCAUCACUUGGAAAAUCCGACAUUAAAGACGAAGAAGCAAAAGCGCAAAGCAGAGACAAGCCCACAAAUGGUCGGAUUACCGUUGGACCAGACACAAACAAUGAUGGGACUGGGUACCACGGGCACCAUGGAGACUACAUGGACCGUAGCGUUGACCACCGCCCUGUUGUAACCCAACAGGAGGUAAAGCCGCAUAUACACACAGUUUACGAGCCUAAGCGUACACGAUCUAUCCAUUUACAUGAGCACCGCACGUUAAUCCAACCCAUUGUUGACCCCGCCGCCUCAACAAUAAGAUCUGUAUAGGGAUUAGGCAUGAGAUUGAAUGCUAUACGGGUUUCUUCUUCUUCUUCUCCUUCAUCAUCUUCCUCUUUUCCCCCACUUUUUUAAGCCAUCAUGCAAGACAUUGACAAAUAAUCAGCGUAAUAUUCAAAUACAAUGGUAUACA